UUGAGGUUGAGUGACACCAAAAUAUAUUAAUUAAUGUCGAUCCAUAAUACAUACUUUUUACUAAAUAAAACAUAAAUCUAGUAAACCUAUCAACCUGAUCACAAUUAAUAUUAAUAUUUGUGUGUGAUAUAGAUUCAGUGAAGUGGUACGAAAGGAUUAGGUUUACGCCUGAGAAAUGACGCGGAUGUGUAAAAUAUAUUCUCAAUAUGGCCGCCAAAUUGUGUUCUUAAUUCCCGGUUGUUUACAGCGGCUCAAAGAACAAUUACUUUUUAAGUAAAUUUAUGAUAUUGAACGAAAUUAAGUGAUGAACAGGUGUUUUUCAUUUAUACCUGAAGUGUGAAUUAAGAAUUUUGUGACUAGAUAAUAAAAAAUCAACAGUUUUGAAACAAAAAAAUUUAUAUUUGUAAGAUUAAUAAAUUUUGAAUCGCGAUGUCACAAUAUGAACGCCCACGAUGAUUUUACUGCGGCUCCGAACUUCGGUGCAGCCCCACAACUCAUGGGUGUGGAGCGCGUCGGCAGCUGCAUGCGCGCUAUUAAUGGCGGCGUGGGAGCGGGCGCGGCCGAAUCCGAUCAACAUGUCGCAGAUGAACCGCCGCGCAAGAGAGCGCGAGCUGCCGCUCCCGCCAUCACCAGCCCGCACGACCUGCGCCACGCCCUCCUCGACGCGCAGCUGCUGCGUCUGCGCACUCUGCGCGACGCCUUCACCGAGCAGCUUAGCGAGCUCUACUUUCUGCAGGCAGGCGGUAACAUGAUGGACUAUGCGGCGUGGCGGCGGCAACCGCCUGCCCCCGCUCUGCUCGCCUUUCUGGAGUCGCGCCGACCCGCACCACCUCCUUCGGAUUUACCACCUGCACCCAUUGCCGCGCCUCCUAUCACGCCUGCCGACGAAGUAGUAGAAAAGGCUAAACAAGAGGCGUACGUGGCGCGACGCGUGGCCGAGCUCGCUCGCGCCGGCCUCUGGUCCGAGCGGCGACUUCCGCGCGUGCUGGAACCGCCUCGUCCCAAGACUCACUGGGACUAUCUACUCGAAGAAAUGGCGUGGCUUGCCCAAGACUUCGCUCAAGAAAGAAAAUGGAAGAAACAGGCCGCUAGAAAGUGCGCUCGAGCUGUCCAAAAAUAUUUUCAAGAUAAAGCUCUGGCGGCGCAAAAAGCAGAGAAGGCUCAAGAAAUGCAAUUGAAAAAAAUUGCUGCAUUUGCUGCUAAAGAAAUAAGAACUUUCUGGUCCAAUGUUGAAAAGUUGGUAGAGUGGAAGCGAGUGCGACGAGUGGAGCGAGCACGAAAAGAAGCUUUGGACGAGCAGCUGAGCUACAUCGUCGACCGCACCGAGCGGUACUCGCGCCAGCUCGCGGCCAACCUCGCCUCCGCGCCCGCCUCCGAGCCCGCCUCCGCGCCGCCCUCCGACCCGCCCUCCGACGACGAGUUCACGCCGCGCGGCGCCUCCGACGACGACGAGGAGACCAUCGCCGCCGCAGAGCGGGAGGCCGGAGACGACGACGCCGCGCACCGCGCCGAGCUCGAGGCGCUGCAGCGGGAAUCCAACCUCGAGCUCGACGCCCUGCUCCCCCCGGGAUACCUCCCCGAGCGCUCGCCCCCGCCCUCCGACUACGCGCCCGACGACGACUCUGCCGACGACGAGACCACCAUCGCGGAACAAGAACGCAAAGAGCGAGCUCUGGACGCCGCCGACGAAUUGGACGAGUUGAAAGCCGACGCCGAUCUCGACCUCGACGAAUUGCGUCGUAGGUACUCUCGUCCACCGGAAAACGAAAUCGAUCUUUCCGAUUCCGCCCCGGGAGAGCUGUCCGACGAUGAAAACACCACACAGACAGACACCGAAUCGGAGGCGGAUUCGAUGUCGAGUUCCGAGCCCCUCGAGAGUCUCGUUCGCGCAGAACAAACUGCCGGAGAUUCGGAGCGGCGCGUGGAGGAGGCGGCUUCCCUGGCGGCCACGCUGCAGCCCACCGGCACCACGCUGUCCGAGACGGCGGUGGGCACGGCCGUCCCGCGGCUGCUGCGCCACGCCCUGCGCGAGUACCAGCACGUGGGCCUGCACUGGCUCGCCACCAUGCACGCGCGGGGCCUCAACGGCAUCCUCGCCGACGAGAUGGGGCUCGGCAAGACCGUGCAGACCAUAGCCUUGCUGGCGCACCUCGCGCUCGACCGCCACGACUGGGGCCCGCACCUCGUGGUCGCGCCCACUUCCGUCGUCCUCAACUGGGAGAUGGAGUUCAAGAAAUGGUGUCCCGCUUUUAAGAUACUCACUUACUAUGGUACUAUAAAAGAACGUAAACAAAAACGUGUCGGCUGGACGAAAGCUAAUUCUUUCCAUGUCUGCAUAACUUCCUACAAACUCGUUGUGCAAGAUCAUCAAAGUUUCCGCCGGAAGAAGUGGAAAUAUUUAGUGUUAGAUGAAGCUCAAAAUAUUAAGAACUUUAAAUCUCAAAGGUGGCAGUUACUACUCAAUUUUCAAACAGAAAGGCGGCUGCUGUUGACGGGGACGCCGCUGCAGAACAGUCUACUGGAGCUGUGGUCACUGAUGCACUUCCUGAUGCCGGACGUCUUCGCCUCGCACUCGGAGUUCCGCGAGUGGUUCGCCGAAGUGGGAGCCAUGGCCGAGGGCGCGCGCUACGACGAGGCGCUGGUCCGCAGACUGCACGCCGUGCUGCGCCCCUUCCUGCUGCGCCGCCUCAAGCGCGACGUGGAGCGCCAGAUGCCGCGCAAAUACGAGCACGUGCUGCUCUGUCGCCUGGCCAAGCGCCAGCGCUUCCUCUACGACGACUUCAUGUCGCGCGCCAAGACGAAAGAAAGUCUCGCUUCGGGAAACUUGCUGAGCGUCAUCAACGUCUUAAUGCAACUGCGGAAAGUGUGCAAUCAUCCGGACUUGUUCGAGCCGCGACCCGUGACCUCUCCGCUGCACGUGGGCGCGCUGCGCUACCGGGUGCCCGCCCUGGUGCUGGUGUCCGCCGUGCGCCGCCGGACGCUGUUCUCCGCCGCCCUGGCCGGCGACCUCGCCGCCCUCGAGUUGUCCGGCGCCGGCGCUUUCACCGCCCACCGCGCACGUCAUCUGGCGCCGCCGAGACGAGCUUUCGACGAAGCGACGGACGCUCGGCGUCGACCGCCCCCGCGCCCACCGCCUGCAUCGUUACGUUUACACUUGCGACUGGUGCCGCGAGUGAGUCCCGCGAACGCGCCCCCCCCGCCCCCUGUGGCGAUGGCGACCGCGCGCCCGCCCCCCGCGCCCCGCUCGAUCGCGACCGAGGCGGCGGCGCCCGGGAGCGCGGCGGCGGCGCGGCUGGCGGCGCGGCGGCGGGCCUGCGUGCGGCGCCUGGCGGCGACCAACGAGCGGCGCUGCUGGCGGCUGCCGCUGUACGGCGCGGACCUGCGCGCGGCGGCCGACGUGGGCGGGCCGCCCGUGCCGCCCAGAGACCUCACCGACAUUCUGACCGAGCUCCACGAUGUCAUAGAUAAGUUUAGCAUAUGUUGGAUGUCGGCGCGAGCGGACGCGCUGCAGCUGGAGGCGGGGGCGGGCGCCGGCUCCUGGAGACGGCUCGCCGCCCUCAUGCACGCCGCCCUCGCCCCUACAGCCCGCGCCGCCCUGGCCGCCCUACACGAGCCUGCUUCGCGGCAAGCCGUCGCCUUCCCGCAUCCGUCUCUACUGCAGUAUGACUGCGGCAAGCUGCAGACCCUGGCCGCCCUGCUGCGCCGUCUCAAGUCGGGCGGUCACCGGGUCCUCAUCUUCACGCAGAUGACUCGAGUGCUGGACGUACUCGAGGCGUUCCUGUCCAUGCACGGACACACCUACCUGCGGCUGGACGGCGCCACGCGGGUGGACCGCCGGCAGCCGCUCGUGGACCGGUUCAACGCGGACGCCCGCAUCUUCGCCUUCAUACUGUCCACGCGCAGCGGCGGCGUCGGCCUCAACCUAACGGGCGCCGACUCCGUCGUCUUCUACGACUCUGACUGGAACCCGACCAUGGACGCGCAGGCGCAGGACCGCUGCCACCGCAUCGGCCAGACGCGCGACGUGCACGUGUACCGGCUCGUCACCGCCGCCACCGUCGAGGAGAACAUUCUGCGGAAGGCAGAACAGAAGAGGACGCUCGGACAUCUAGCGAUCGAAGACGGAAACUUCACCACGUCCUAUUUGCGCGGGGCGAACAUCAAAGAGCUAUUUGGCUCGGAGACGAACGUGGUGACGGAGGAAGAGGGCAGCGGCGCAGCGGCGGGCGGCGCGGCGGCGGGCGGCGAGCUGGAGUGCGCCCUGGCAGCCGCCGAGGACGAGGCCGACGUGGUGGCCGCGCGCGCCGCCCGCGCUGAGGCGCAGCACGACCUCGCGGAGUUCGACGAGUCGCUCCCGCUCGACGACGAGCCGCACGCCGCCGCCCGCGACCCGCACGUGGCGCAGCUCGCCGCGCUGAUGAUGCAGCUCACGCCGAUCGAGAAGUACGCGAUGCGCGUGGUGGAGAGCGGCGAGGCGGCCAGCGAGGCGGAGCGCGCGGCGCUGGGCGAGGCGCGGCGCCAGCAGCGCGAGUGGGAGAGCGCGCGCCGCCGCCUGCGCGAGGAGGCCGCGCCGCCCUCGCCGGCGCUGUGCUACGCGCGCGCGGACGCCGAGGCGCAGAUAUGGAUAAGCGGAGCAGAAGAACGCAUGCCGAUGUGGUGUCCGCCCACUCCGCCUUCCGGCGACGGUGACGUUUACUGUGAAAGCUGGGCGCGCGCACUCUACCGCCCCGGCGCCGCGCCCGACACCGUCCUGCCGCCCGCCCCCCGCCGCGAGCCCCGCGCGCUGCGCGACCAGCGCCGCCUCCGCCUGCAACCGAGACCCGCCGCCGCGCCGCCCUCGCUGUUCGAGCGAUCCGGCCCGCGGCCUCGGCCCCGGCCUCGCGCUCCGGCGCACGCCCCGCCCCCGCCGCACGCUCAGCCUGAUUGGUCUGCCGCCGAAGACGCCGCCUUGCGUCGCGCACUUCGCUUGCAGCGCUUACCCGCCGAACCUCCACCCGCUCUUGCGCCCAAUUGGGACUGGGUCGCAGAACUCGUUAACGAGGCAGCUCGCGCCUUCCGCUCGGCGCGGGCGUGCCGCGACCGACACGACACCCUCGCCGACCCCGAGCGGGCCCGCCGCCGACACCGCCGCCCGCCCGCCGCGCGCCGCCGCCCGGACGACGAGCGACCCCGCCCUCCGCUGCACCGCCUGGACGCCGUCCGCGACGCCAUCGAGAGGAGACGGUCGACACCCAAGCGGCGCCUCGACGACGCUCCGCACCGCAAUCCCAAGCACGCCCAGCUGCUCGCCGACCACGGAGUUGCUUACGAUACUCCGCCGACUCCGAUGGAGGUGGCGGCUCGACGCGCCGACCGCAUAGCGAGAGAGAAGCUGAAGGUGGGAGUGGCCACACCCGCCGCGGCCGCCGCCACCGCUCCCGCCCCCUCUCCUUCCCCGUCAGCGUCGGCAGUGGGUGCCGGGGUAGGGAUGACUCAGCGCGUAGUGGUGGCGGCACCGGUGAAAGCGGACAUGCGGCGCGCCCGCCCGACUGCCGUCGGGGAAUCACCGCGACCCGCAGCCGUCUCUUCCGCCGUUACCGCCGCGCCUGCCGCACAGCUACUCUAUCGUCAACAAGCCUUCCCCGCCAGACAUCUCAAGAUCCUCCAUCAAGCCGUGCCACCUUCAAUCCAGGGCGCACCGAGCGGCGGCGAGGGCGCGGCGCUGCGCAAGCUGCAGCUGCAGCAGGUCCGGCGCGCGGCCUCGCCCCGCCCGCCGACCCCCGGCCCGGCGCCCCCCGCCCCCGCACACGUGGUGGUAGCGCAUCUCGGGCCCUCGGCCGCGCGUCCUCCUCCCCCGCCCUCCGAAAGUAGACAAUAAAUAUUAAUGUUACACUUACCAUCUUUGGCAGUUUUAUUUCUAACCUU